CGCCUUGUAUGGAGCGCGGCCGCCGCAGGGCCCGGCGCCCGCCCCCGCUCCGCGCCCCGACUUUCCCCGCUGCCGGCAGGCAAGGCAGGAGCCGGCAGCGAUCUGCGCGUCUCCAACUCUCUCCCCUGCUUCCCUCCUCUUCUUUCAGGAGCCGCCACCCCGCCUGCCUCUCUCCUCCUCUUUCUGCUCUGCAAUCAGUGGAAUAAAUCAGGGAAGGACGCGCGCACACACACGCAGAGUAGGAUCUGUUACAAAAGUAGCGCUGAUGGCGGCGGAUCAGAUGAAGCUGGAGCUGCUGCUGGAGUAGCAGAGAGUGGAGUAUCUCUCGCUCUCUCUCUUUUCUCUGUUUCGCCUCUUCCCCCACUCCACCCACAGAUCUCCAUCGUUUCUCCUCCUCCUCCUCCCCACCCUCGGCCGCGCUCCCGCUUCUCCGCGCAUCUCUGGGCUGCGCCUCCUGCGAGGGGGCGGGUGAGGGGACCGGAGGAGGCUUUAAAGAACCACGGCCCCCCCGCACCGCCACACACACGAUAAUUGAAUUUAUUAUUAUUGCCGUCUCGCCGACUUGGGGAAGGGGGAUCGAUCUUCGAUAAGGAAGAUGGCUGCUGGCUGGCUGCUGGUCUUUAGCCUGACACUUUUCCAGUCCCUGGUGAUGAACCACUCCUCGGAGGGACCCUUCCCCUCGGCCACCACGAUAAAAGCAUGGGUGGAUAAGAUGCAAGAAGAUCUCGUGACGCUCGCACGAACUGCAAGUGGAGUGGACUGGCUUGCUCAAAUUUAUACAAAAAACACAGCAUUGUAUACUGUAGAAGCAAACAACCCUCGUCAGCUAGUGGAAAUUGCAGCCAGAGACAUCGAAAAACUUCUAAGUAACAGGUCUAAAGCCUUGGUGCGCCUUGCUAAAGAAGCAGAGAAGUACCAAGCAUCACAUCAGUGGAGGGAUGAGUUUGGGAAUAAUGAUAUAAUCUAUUACAAUGCAAAAGACGAUCAGAAUGAUCCUGAAAAGAAUGAAACUGAAUCUGGCAGCCAGAGAAUCAGACCAGUGUUUGAAGACGAUCCUGUUUUCCGACGGCAAACAUCUUACCAACAUGCAGCAGUCCACAUACCAACAGAUAUUUAUGAAGGCUCAACGAUAGUGUUAAAUGAACUCAACUGGACUGCAGCGCUGGAUGAUGUGUUCAAGCGGAACAGAGAAGAGGACCCCACUUUAUUAUGGCAGGUCUUUGGUAGUGCCACUGGGCUCGCAAGGUAUUAUCCAGCUUCCCCAUGGGUAGAUAAAAGUCGAACUCCUAACAAAAUAGACCUGUAUGAUGUACGCAGAAGGCCAUGGUACAUCCAAGGAGCUGCAUCUCCCAAAGACAUGCUUAUUUUAGUUGAUGCGAGUGGGAGUGUCAGUGGAUUAACAUUGAAGCUGAUCCGCACGUCGGUCAUUGAGAUGUUGGAGACCUUGUCUGACGAUGACUUUGUGAAUGUAGUUUCAUUUAAUAAUAAUGCUCAGAAUGUCAGUUGCUUUAAUCAUCUUGUCCAAGCUAAUGUGAGGAACAAGAAGAAAUUGAAAGAAGCUGUCUAUAAAAUCUCUGCUAAAGGAAUUACGGAUUACAAAAAAGGCUUUAGCUACGCUUUUGAACAGCUGCUAAAUCACAGUGUCUCCAGAGCUAACUGCAAUAAGAUUAUUAUGUUGUUUACGGAUGGUGGUGAAGAAAGAGCACAAGAAAUUUUCCACAAAUAUAAUGAAGACAAAAAAGUACGUGUGUUCACAUUUUCUGUUGGUCAACAUAAUUACGACAAAGGACCCAUACAGUGGAUGGCCUGUGAAAAUAAAGGUUAUUAUUAUGAAAUUCCAUCUAUUGGAGCCAUAAGAAUAAACACCCAGGAAUAUCUGGAUGUCUUGGGAAGACCAAUGGUUUUAGCUGGAGAGCAAGCCAAACAAGUCCAAUGGACAAAUGUCUAUCUGGAUGCUCUGGAGCUGGGACUUGUGAUUACAGGAACUCUGCCUGUCUUCAACCUAACAAGGGAACAAAAUGGGAAAAUCAAUCAGCUGAUUCUUGGAGUAAUGGGGGUGGAUGUCUCUUUGGAGGACAUAAAAAAACUGACUCCCCGAUUUACGCUUUGUCCAAAUGGAUACUAUUUUGCAAUUGAUCCUAAUGGGUAUGUGCUACUGCAUCCAAAUCUCCAACCAAAGCAAAUUGGUGUGGGCAUACCAAAAGUUAAAUUGAGAAAAAGGAGACCCAAUGUACAGGAGCCUGUUACGCUGGAUUUUCUAGAUGCUGAAUUGGAAAAUGAUAUUAAAGUUGAGAUUCGGAAAAAAAUGAUAGAUGGAGAAAGUGGAGAAAAAACAUUUGAAACACUGGUCAAGUCCCAAGAUGAGAGGUAUAUUGAUAAAGGAAACAGAACGUAUACAUGGACUGCUGUGAAUGGCACUGAUUACAGUUUGGCAUUGGUGUUACCAUCAUACAGCUUUUAUUAUAUUAAAGCCAAAAUAGACGAACCUAUAACUCAAGCCAGAUUGACAUCCAAAAAGGUUUCAGAAUCACUGAAGCUUGAUCAUUUUGAUGAAGCUGGCUAUACGUUUUUAGCACCAAGAGACUACUGUAAUGAUGUAAAGAAAUCAGAGAACAACACUGAAUUUCUAUUAAAUUUCAAUGAAUUUAUUGACAGAAAUACUCCGAGCAGUUCAUCGUGUAAUACUGAUAUGGUCAUUAGAGUUUUGCUGGAUGCAGGAUUUACAAAUGAACUUGCCCAAAAUUAUUGGAGUAAACUGUCUCUUGAUGGAGUUGUUGCACAAUUUGUUGUUACAGAUGGUGGAAUUACUAGAGUGUUCCCCAAAAGGGCAGGAGAAGAUUGGUUGGAAAAUGCUGAAACUUAUGAAGUCAGCUUCUAUAAGAGGAGUUUAGAUAAUGACAACUAUAUUUUCACAGCCCCAUACUACAACAAAAGCGGUGCCAAUAGCUAUGAAUCAGGUAUUAUGGUAAGCAAGGCUGUGGAAAUAGAAAUUGAUGGGAAGCUUCUGAAGCCAGCAGUUGUUGGAAUAAAAAUUGAUGCAACCAGCUGGAUGGAAAAUUUCACAAAAACCACAAUCAAGAGCCUGUGCAACAGUGAAAUCUGUGGCUGUGAAAGAAAUAGCAUGCAUGUGGACUGUGUUAUCCUUGAUGAUGGUGGAUUUCUUCUGAUGUCCAAUCGAGAUGAAUAUACACAACAGAUUGGAAGAUUCUUUGGUGAAAUUGAUCCUGGCCUGAUGCGAAACCUGAUUAACAUGUCUCUGUAUGCCUUUAACAAGUCGUAUGACUAUCAGUCAGUCUGUGAUCCCGAAGAAGAACCAAAGCAAGGAGCUGGACUUCGUUCUGCUUAUGUGCCUACAAUAACAGAUAUUUUACAACUUGGAUGGUGGGCUUCAGCAGCAGCCUGGUCUAUCUUACAGCAGCUGUUUUUGAGCCUGACUUUUCCACGGUUCCUUGAAGCAGCUGAUAUGGAAGAUGAUGAUUUCGGUGCUGCCCUGCCUAAAACAAGCUGUAUCACUGAGCAAACUCAAUAUUUCUUUGAAAACAAUGAUAAAUCCUUUGGUGGGAUUGUAGACUGUAUAAACUGCUCCAGACUUUAUCAUGCAGAGAAGAUUUCAAACACCAAUCUAGUGUUCAUUAUUAGUGACAGCCAACUGCUGUGCCGUUCCUGUGACCCAAAGCCACUGAUGCAAGCGGAGAAGCCGGAUGAAGGGCCAAAUCCAUGUGAAAUGGUCAAACAACCUAGAUACAGAAAAGGUCCCGAAAUCUGUUUUGAUGAAGCCAAACAGGAUCAGCCUAUAUGCACAACGAGUCGUGCCUCUGCCAUGACGUCCGCUCCUAUCUUCAUUUUUCUGCAAGUUUUCAUGUGGUGUGGAUGGUCAGUUACUUUCUCUAAUUUUUUGUUUUGUUCUUGGCUUAAAAAAUUAGCAGACUUUUUUACUUACUGAGCAUACAAAAGAAAACAGAAUGAAGCGAGUCUCAAAAGCAACAAUCUGGAGCAAAUUACUAUUGCAAUAUUAAGGGAAAUUAAAUAUUGAAAAAAAACCUGUCUGGAGCCUUAUAAAUCACAAUUAAUAAACACAAGGGCCUCUCCCAUAGAACAUACAAAGACAAGGGAACCUGUUGGGUUUAUAUGGUUGGCUCUUUGAGAUUACACAUGUACCAGAUGAGUCCAUAUCCUUCACUUACAAGCAUUUUUCCCUCGUCCUUGUUAAAAUGAACAGAAGAAGAAAUUUUUUUUCACAGAGACAAAUAAAGAUACAAAGCAAAUAGAAAAGACAGUCUACCUGUGGAAAUAAAGCUUUACUUAUGGGUAGCAUAGGAUGAGUGCUGUGUAUGAGUGCUGCUAUUGAGGAGAGUAAGGAGUUUUCACUGCAUUCAAAUGAACAUAACAGUUAAUGAUGGAAGAUAAUAGUAUGCAUCAAUUUGGUUAAACUAGGAAUUCAGUAAAAUAAUAAUUUUCACUUCUUAUUUUUUGGCAACCUAAACAUAUUAAUUGUCUGAUUACAGUGGAGGGUGGGUUUUUUCUUCUAAUUAACUACAUAAGUUGCUGUAUAUUGACCAAAUGCAGACUCUGGGGUUUACAAUGAAAGCCUUGAAAAUUAGACUGGAAAUUUCAUUUGAUGGUGUGGGACUGUGUCAUGAGUUACUGUGCUAGUGACAUGUCUGCAAGAGAACUGCUGAGCUAAAAAUUAGCAUUAAAUGUGUUACUGAAGGGGGUUCUGAUCAACAUUAUUGUUCUGAAAACCACUAGAGGGAGAUACUCACAUGUCUAUCAAAGUAAAGCAAACGGCAGAACUGAAAGCUUACAAGGCAUUUCUCAGGGUUAGUGUAAUGAAACACUGAAAAUUGUAGCAAUUUAGAAAAGUAAUUUUCUCAGUAAUCUAUAUUCUCCCUAUACUUAAGGGAAGGUUCAAUUAAUAUCUCUUGAAUGCAACUGAAAAAAAAUAUUUAAAUUCUGUUUGACAUUUUAUUAUUUGAAUAAUUUUGAAGUUUCUUAUUCUGUGUCUGUGAUGUAGUUUCCUGCAAACCUAGGAACUUGCACAUCCAUGGCAGAAGGUUGUAGGGAAAGGUGAAAGGCCUUUCUUUAAGCCAGUGGUAUUUCACAUUAAAAUCUAGAUUAACAUCUCAUGCUCUUGCUCAUGCAAUUUGCUCUGCACAUAGCUUUCUUUUAAUUAAAAAGCUACUGUCCAAUGUACAUAAAGCAGCAGAGACUCACCUUGAGCUGAAUUCUUUAUGCCCAAAAUGUGCUUUCUACUUAAGAUGAGAAACCCACAGAAUAUAAUUUUAGCUCAUAAGCUUUUGGCAGCAGAAAAUUAUAAAGGUAAUUUUUUUUCAUCCAUCUUGUUUUUAAUAACUUUGUGAUUUUGGAAAUGGGUUCUCUCUGGACAUUUAACUAUGUAGUUAUAUUAAAAUCACUGAAGCCAACACAGAUACGAUCCAGCUGAUCAGGUUCAGUAACCUGACGGGUUUUUUUUUACUUUUCAUCAAGAAUAACAAAACAGUCAUUAUCACUGCCUCGAAUGGCUUGCUCUUAACUUGUUCAUGCACACUGGUUUUGUUUGCCAUGCCUGAGAAUAAAGAACUGUACAAGUUUUUAGCCCCUACUGGCAAUGUCUUAUUUCUAUCAGCUUCCAGGGAAGUCAGUGGGAGCUUUGAGAGUGAUUAGCAGUCCAGGCAACUGGAUACAUCUUGUUGGAAUUGCCUGUGUCCCCGAUCUGUGCAUGGGUAGCUGUACACUUUUGACAGAUUCCUGUGGUAGUCCAGACAAAGGAGGGUAACACAAAACCUGUGAAUGAACAUGCACUGGAACUGGAAAUGACUCUUGAGUAAACACAAAGGUGUUCUCCAUGUCAUAUGAAACUUUUAAAAUACAUGCUUAUGAAAGGUGUAACUUUGAGGUAACCAAUUGAUAUCAAAGGCCAGAUCAGAGCUCUUUGGGCAGGUGUUGUUUUAUCCUUUUAUAAGUCAGAGUAGCACAAUGGGUUCUGAUGAAUUAUUAUGGUUUAAAAACAAAGUUUUAGUACAUUAAAUAGUUAUAGUGCACUUCUAAAGGAGUAACAAGCGCAUUUAUAGUUUUAGUGUAUAUGUAGUGUACGUAUAUAUAGUAUAUGUAUAGCCUUAUAUAUAUAUGUAUUUAUAGUUCCAUGUGUAUUUUUAAAAUUUUGGGCUGGCAGUGUCUUUAAGGAAAUGUUGCUAAAUAGCAAUGAAUAUGUGGGUUUUGCACUUAACAAUGAAGGUAUGGUUUUAUAAAAGCAUUCAUUUCCAUUCUGAAAGUACAGAAUAUUUUUCAUAGUGUGUGAUGCUGUAAAAUAGCCCUAUCUAGAGUUGUCACAGUAAGGCAUGACAUGAAGGAGAUGGCAUUUGGAUUUGACACUUCUCUACCUCAAGCAUGCAAGGAAAUUUGACAUGAUUUAUUAAUGCAAGAAAUUCCUCAUACACUUCUGGUGAAAUGAAAGUGCCUUACAACAAUUCUUUCCAAUUUCUUUUACAAGUCUCUCUCUCUUCAAAGAGAAUUAAUAUACAGACAUAAUCUUGAAGAAAACAAAGAGAGGACAUCCCCAGCUGAUCUGUUAUUCAGUAUUUGUGUGAUUAAUGUAAUGGGCUGGAAAAUUUCGGUGAAACUGCUUAAAAAUAGUUCAGUGUCUAAUUGUAGUAACAGAGUUAAAGAUAAGAUGAUACAAAGAGAAGAUAAAAUGAUUCUGUAUAUCUUUGUUAUAAGAUAGUUUAGAAGAAAUCUCAAAAAUAACAUUAACAUGAAACAGUUGAGAAGUUUUCUUAAAACUCAAGAAGGGGGGAAGUGUUUUCAAAAAAGGCAUUUUAAGGCCAUUCAAAAGUGACAUUUUUCUAAAUCUGGUUUUAAAUUGGGAAUGGAAUCCCACUUAUUUCCAGGGGAUUAUUGAUUGUUAUGAUUCAUGUAAAUAAACACAUAACCAGAUUUCCUCUUUUUUGAUUUUAUAUUUUCACAUUUUCCAUAAUGUUGACAACAGUUAAAACAUAAAAGAAAAUUACAAUGUGAAAUUCUGUGGAGAAAAAAAUUAGUUCAGAUAGGAUCUACUGUACCUUGUUUGCCACUACUAUUUUUUGCCUCGGCUUAGGACAUGAAAGAAUGAACUGAUUCCAGAGAUAAUAUUUAGAAGUUGUUCUUGGCAGAACUGCUGGUUUACCACUGCAAGUUGGUCUAAAAACCUCAGAAAUUUAGUGUGGCUUUCAUCAAUAUGAGGUUAAAAUCUCACUAACCUUGAAGUAUGUAUAUAAAUAUUGUAUACUUUUGUGUAGUACAGUUUAAUGCUGUAGUUCAUAAUAAGACAAUGCCUCUCCUGCAUAAGGCUUCCAAGAUAUUCUCGGCUGCUGUGAAUUGUGAAUCCUUUAAAAACUUCUGUGUAGUUUUAGGGAGAGAGAAAAAGAUAUUAAAAUACUUUUUUUCAACCCAAUAAGAAUAUUACAUUGUAUGACUGUUGAAUGUGAGAGCAGUUGAUAAAUUGUGGUGUGGUUAAAAAAAAAAAUCUCAUAAAGCAAAUAGAAAUGGACAACAGAAUGGAGGGUGUUUUCAAGUACCUAUGGAGGUAGGAUUAAUUUAUCAACACAAUUUACAAUAUUUGACCUAGUGAAAGGUGACAUAAACUGAGUACUGUAUAAUUCUAUAUGUGGAGGCCUACUUGUUUUGUAUCUCUACUGGAUGUUGUUUACACUUAAAAAAUAUUUCCCUUCAUGUUAUGCACAAUUUUGUUCAAGACCUUCAGUUUACUUCUUAUACUCUCCAGACAUCUCUUGUCUGUUGGAAAUUUUAAAUCUCCUGCUUUGCUUUCAACUCUUUCUUCAAAGAUGACUGCUCUAAGUAAUUUCAGUGAUAAGAAUAAUAAAUACCAAGAGGUAACACUGAGUGCUGUUCACUGAAUUCAUGUGAGAGAAAACCUUUACUGAUAAUUCUGUUUUUAGUGGUAGUUACUGUGAGGAAGAAGCAACAGGGUUAUUUUUAAGUGCUUUAACUAGAAUAAAGCUGCAUGAGAAGACACAAUGCAGAUGCAAAUAGUGACAGAGCCAAAUUAAAUAAACCAGAAAGUUCAGUGCCUCUUGAAAUCUUAGCAUCCUAUUCCAAAUCUGGUGCAGUAGAGUUCACUUAGGACUUCCUUGUUGACCAGAAAGCUUAGGAAUUUUGAACUUGUAGAGUGCAAUCUACCAAAAAAAAAGCAAAACUAAAUACCAGAAAAACCCCACCAAAAACAAAUUUAAAAAAAAAAAAAAAAACACAAACAAAAACCCUAAACAACAACAAACAAAAAGAAACCCCAAAAAGUGUGAGCCAAAACUAUACAACUGAAUUAUAAAACUACACAUGGCAGAGAUAUGUCUGGAAAAAGCUAUUGUUAAUAAAGAAUGGCAGCCACCAUGAGGUAUUUGCUUUAGGACAAAACGAGUUUCUGUUUCUUUCUAAGGAAAUUGAAUGCUGAUUUUUUGGGUUUUGUUUGGGCUUGGGGUUGCUGGGUUUUUUUUUACAUCCAAAUUUCUAAAGGAGGCUCUUGGUAAAUGCUAUAAUUCCUGAUAAUGUACUGAGUGUCCUUUGUCUGCCUUAUCUGAUUUUACAUAUUUUUUCCAAACUGUUUUGGAACCAGCUUUAAAGAAUGCACUGUGUGUAGAAUAAAUGCCAUUAAAAUUCUCAUCCAUUAAAGCUGAUAUAAAGAACU